UCAUUUUGACAAAUGAGAUGACCAUGACAGUGACGGACAACAACAUAACAACUCUCAAUUCUCAAAAGCUAACCUAAAACCUAUACUUCGUGUUUUUUUUGUUUUACUUUAUUAUUGUAACUACAUACAUACGACAUAUUCCAACAAUACCAGGCACGAAAGUAGAAAAUUAAGUUGCUUCAAUAAAAUGGCAGAUGAAGAAUAUGAGGCUGACGAUGCGGGAGCAGAUUACGAUGACAUUGCUGAGGAGGACGAUAACAUCGAGGAAACGGAGGAGCAGGAGGAGGAAGGAUACAACGUGCAAUGUCUUGCGCCUGGACAGGCUGGCGGAGGAGUCGAGAAGUCAAAGCGCAUCACUACACGGUAUAUGACGAAGUACGAGAGAGCUAGAGUUCUAGGUACCAGAGCAUUGCAAAUAGCCAUGUGUGCGCCUGUAAUGGUUGAACUUGAAGGAGAAACAGAUCCUUUACAAAUAGCUAUGAAAGAACUCAAACAUGGCAAGAUUCCAAUCAUCAUCAGACGCUACCUUCCCGACCAUUCCUAUGAAGACUGGAGCAUAGACGAACUUAUUAUCAUAGAUCAUUAACAACCAUAGACAAUUAUCUAAAUUUCUUUUUCUACAAUACACCAUUUUAAAACAUUAAUGAAGAAUUCUUGGUUUAAACUUUAUUAUCAUAAUAUAAAAGUGUCAGUCAUGUUUUGUACAUCUGGAAUAAUCUGGAUCUGCUCAUAGUCAGUAACAGAGUAGUAACACAAUCAAAUGAAUGCCCAAUCAAUAAUUAUAAGACAACUUAGUUAAGUAAAAAAUAAAUGUAAGAUUUUAUAAAUUAA